GCGGGGGAGGGUCGGCUUCCCACGUGGGGGCUGACGCCGGCUGCUCAGCAACGCCGGCUUGAUCCUGGGGCUAUAAAACCAGUUCACGGCUAGUGCGGCGGAGAAGCAGCUGCCCGGGCUUCAGUGCAGACGCCUAGCAGCCGGCGCGCCGCCGCCCGGCCACCCCCAGCACCUUCUCUCCCCAGCCCUGCUCUCCUUCCCAAACUCACGCUGCCCUCGGACCCCAGCCUGUCCCGUCGCGCUCAGCGCCCGAAGCUCGCCGUGCCGACGCCCAGGAGACCUCCUGCCUCGGUCGCGGUUCCUGGAGGGCCGAUCGCCCACCCGCCCGGGUCCGCCUGAGGACGGGGGCGCCUUCAUGCGGCCCCCACACUCCUCAAUCCCACCGCCGCCGCCGCCUCCGAGCUCCGCGCGCUGCGCCCCAGCCCCAGCAGGGCACUCAACUUUGGAAGUCCCGCGACGCUCCGAGAGGCGGCAGAGUCCGCACCGUGGCCCCAACCCGGGCCCCGCCGGCCCCGCCGCGUCUGGGGGAAGCGAGAGAGUCGGUGUUCGCUUCGGAGAUAUAAGGAGAGAGACACAGGACCCCAAGCCAGCAUCAGCACCCCUCGGCUGCCUCCCGGGUUGGGGGCGGGCCCCGCACACGGAGGGCUUAAGACCCUUGCCCUGUGGUUAUGGUGAUGGCACUUUGAAGCUGGAAGGGUCUGGAAAUCCAGGAAUUCAGCCCCUCAUCUUCUUAGAGGAAGUGACCUGCUCAGGGUCCCCCAGCUCUGGGUGACCUUCUAUUGGAAGCAACUGACCAAGAGUGGAAUAUUAAUAGUUCUCAUGUGUGUAUUAUAAAAGGCUUUGCUGGUGAAGGAGAGUCACCGUCCCAGGAGCUGGGUUUGAAGGGCAAUCCCAAGCCACAGGUCCAAGUCUGGGGGGAGACGGGUUUGUAAGACCAGCCACUUACAACACGCAUGCAGCCCAGCUC